AUGGCGCGCUGGAUCGCCAAUGCAGGCCCGGCUGGUGUGCCGCUGACCUUGGCGACGAUCCGCGAGCAUGUCGCCAACAUGGCUCGCGGCAUGUCGCUGCCGCCUACCUUCCGCUGCUCUAUUGGAUGGGUCCGUCGUGCCUUGCGCCGCCAGGGUGUAAGGUGCAUUGCGGCUUGUGGCGAGGCGGCCGACCAGGACCUCGCCGCCGUCCGUACGACUCAGGAAAAGCUGCCGCAGCUCCUCAUGUAUCUCUCUGUCAGGCCGCGCGACACCUACAAUUUCGACGAAACCGCCGUCUACAUUUCGGUGCUGCCUCGCAAGACGUACGGCGCCAGCCGUGUGGCGGGGAGGAAGGAGGUCAAAGACCGCCUCACCAUCGGCUUCCUUGUCAACGCCGACGGCACUCACUCCUUCCGCCCGUUGGUGAUCUCCAAGGCUAGGCGUCCCCACGACUUCCGCCCCAACUUCGACCCGGAGGAAUUUUGCUACUGGCGCAACACCGCCAAGGGGUGGAUGACCUCACCGCUUUUCACGCUCUUCAUUGAGCAGCUGAACGCCACCAUGUAUGCCGAGGAUCGGCACAUCGUCAUUCUGCUCGACAACGCGAGCAGCCACGUCCUCACCUCCCGCGCCCUCGAUCAGGGGCUCAUCGCGAUGGCGAAGGCGCGCUACCGGCAGCAUUGGCUCCGUGCCUUCACCGCUCGCUGGAAUGCCGAUGGCGCAACUACCCGCCUGGCGCGCUUCAAGCCCAAUCUCCGCGACGUCGUGGCCUGGCUCAACGACGCGUGGAUGAAUAUCGAGCACCGCACUAUUCAGAGGUGCUGGUGGCGCACCGGCAUCCUCCCGCGUGCGUGGGCAAUGGAGCUUGCUCACGUGGGCGACGACACCGCUGGAGCGGGCACGGCCGCGGACAUCGGGCUUGACGAGGAGAUCGGGGACGUAGGCAUCCUCAUCGAUCGCCUCGGACUCGGCACGAGCGCCAUGCCGGCCGCGAAACUGGUUGCCAUCAACGACAACCAGCCGACAUGCGCGGAGCCGGGAGAGGAUCCGCUCGCGACCGAGCCACCGCGCGGCACCUCCGCUGAGACGUGGGAGGCCCCCGCCACCAUGCAAGCUGUCUAUGACGACAGCAACCCCGAGUCCCGCGAGGCACGGCGCUACGCUCGAGCGGCCUCCGAGAUGCUUAUUGGCUACGCGAAGGCGACAUGCAUCACCCCGCGCGACCUGUGCGCGCUCUUUGACAUCCACAACCCCAUCAUCAGGGCGCGGAUGGAGCGCGCCAGCCCGCCGAUUAACCUCAACAUGAGCCCCCCGCCAUCCGCGGCUGAGUGCGCGACGCCCCCGGCCGAGACACCUCGUCGCCGUGGCCGCGUCCUGCCCGCGUGGAUGACGGAGCCCACCCCAUCGUGGGUGACUCUUGCCCAGCAGGCCGCGCGCCGCCAGGAGCUGAUUGACGGUGGUGCGCCGGCCGUCAUGGGAGGUUACAUGGCAGCAGCCGAGUGGAUGCGCCUGUGA